UAAAACGAUAGAGAAGGAUGUAAUCUUAGACUGCUAUUGUGGUCAAUACUUGCGAAAACUCCUUAGCUAAACGGCGGGAGUGGACGAAAAUGAAAAGCCGCCCAAAAAAAACAGAGGUCGUUUUAUACGCUUAUUUAAAACGUUAUCUAUCGACUUGCCAUAAACUGGUCAUAGUUUUACAUAAACAUGAUAAACUUCCGUAAACUUCCUUGUCUUUAAAAACAAUAAUUUCUUCCGUUUUAGGCCCCUUACCGUCAUUAAGUGUAAAAUGCAUUCCCCCCAACCUCCCGCAGUAUUUAACAAUUAGAUUAUUCGCUGACGAUUUUUAUCACGUGAUAGUUGACGAGGGCGCAGCUGGAGUCAACUAUCGCGCAUAGAAAUCGAGAGCGAAUAAUCUAAUUGUUUUAGUAUAAACCUAUCAAUCUUAUCUAAAUCCGGCUCUUCACAGACACUUCCCGAUAUGUAAAUAAGUGGCCGCCAUUUUGAACAACCGCAUACUGUUAAGCUACUCACUAUCUAGAAUAAAAUAGAUAGUGCGUAGCGUAGCAAAUAGGAGUGCUGCAUUCGUGGUAUAACGCCAGCAGGAUUACACUAAUUUACAAUACAAUAACAGAGUCGCCGUUUACGGCAAACGGCAAACGAGAGACAUGACCACGUGAACAUUAUUCCCGCCAGUGUUUACAUUUGCCAUUUUCCUACGUAAGGAGGAAAGGUUUUAGAUUUCAUGAAAAACGCGGGGGAAAACGUAUUUGGACUAUAUAAAUCAGCAUUGACAACAAACACGACAUGGAGAGACCGACCCAACUUGCUCCAGAUGACAGCUCCCUGUCCCCAGGAAACCACGCCACAGAUCCAGUGGAGACUAGUGGGCCACAAAUUCCCCGAGUGGUUAUCGAAUCCACCGGACAAACGCGAUUUGCUGGCUCCGUUCUUAGAGUUUUAUCACUGCAAAAAUUCUACAAGAAAACCGGACGAAGAUCGCGAGACUCUUGGCUGGAGAGAUACACUGGGACCUACCAAGACGACAAAGACUGGCGCCGACCGCUCAUGCGCAGAUCAGCUUCCAAUUCUCCCCAAGUGCAGAGCCCCACAUCAGAGGGGACGGCAAGUUCACGUGACACAUCCGACGUGCUGCCUGACAAGACAAGUCGCUGGCGUUGUCAUUUUACCUUCGUCUUUGACCCUUCUGGGGACGUGUAUUUCUUCUGGCUACUCACAGUCGUUCUCGGAAUCUUGUACAACUACUGGACAAUCAUUUUUCGUGUGGCAUUUUUCGUAAAAGAGCAGAAGUACGUGAUCCCAUUCAUGGCUAUCGACUACAGCUGCGAUUUCAUAUUCCUUCUGGAUAUCAUCGUACAGUUUCGUACGGGUUACUUUGUAGAUGGUAAGAUAGUCACCGAUACCAAACAACUGGCCAAACGUUACGUCAAGUCGCUUGGUUUCUUUUUAGAUUGCGUUUCCAUCCUCCCCAUCGAUUUACUCUUCCUGGUGCUAGGACCCAGGCCUUCACUGCGUUUCGGUCGGCUUCUGAAAGCGCACCGGUUUUUCCUGUUUUGCGACCGCGUCGAGAUCUACAGUGGUCGUCCCAAGCUGUUUAACCUGUUGAAACUCAUCCAUUACUUGUUCCUUAUCAUUCAUUGGGUGGCCUGUCUGUACUUCCUUCUAUCCUACAUGGAGGGAUUUGGCGCGGACAAGUGGGUUCAUCCAUCUCUUGAGAACCAGUGGGCCGGGGUCGGUCCACAAUACCUUUACAGCCUGUUUCGUUCGCUGGUAUCCAUGACAACAGUGGGUACGGGCAAACAGGUCACGCCGCAGACCACAAUGAGCCUGCUGUUCUGUAUCUUUACGUAUCUUUGUGGUGUACUUAUCUUUGCCACCAUUGUUGGAAAUGCGGCAGAUAUGAUCGUGGACCUUAGAAGACGCAGAGAGAAAUAUCACAGAAAGCUGGAUGGAAUGAAGGAAUACAUCGCCGCUAAUCAGCUACCGAUGGACUUGCAGCGCCGUGUGAUCCAGUGGUUUGAUUUUGCCUGGCGAUACAAGAAAGACGUUAGCGAGGAAGAGCUAUUUCAACAGCUCAACGACAACUUUCGGGCAGAAAUCGCCAUCCACGUCAACUUGGACACGCUAAAGAAGGUCAAGAUGUUUGAGCACUGUGACCCAAGCUUCCUGCGCGAACUCGUGUUGAAACUCAAGCCCAUGCUCUGUUCACCCGGAGACCACGUUUGUCGUCAAGAUGAAAUUGGCCGAGAAAUGUACAUUGUCAAUCAAGGGGAGUUAGAAGUUGUCAACAAGAGUGGAACAGUCUUAGCAAAACUCUCAGCCGGGCGACACUUUGGAGAAAUAAGCAUUCUUGAUAUGAAGGGAAUUGGCAAUCGUCGUACAGCUUCGGUCCGUUCCGUGGGCUUCUCCGAUCUUUUCCGACUAUCAAAGAAAGAUCUGGAGGAGGUGAUUGAGUACUACCCCGAAGUGAAAGACCAACUGGCAAAGAUUGCUCGACAGACGUACGAGAAACAGAGAAGAGAGCGACUUAAUCAGACAGCGGACAAUGAGACCAGGAAUAACGGUUAGUCAAAUAGCAUUUAUUAGAGGCUCUGGCUUAGUGGUUAGCCUAACCACUGAACCAAGGUUGCAGACAACCUGUGGCACUCUGGCAUUAGGUCUGGCGGUCACUAGGUCGAUCCCAGGUGUCAGCCCAAGGUGAUCCUGUGUUGUCACCUCUUAACCAUAUGGAUACACAUACAACUUACUAACCACGUCCUGGACCCCAUAAGCUUUGCCAGUGCUGUUCGAGUGCUGCGUUCGAUCUGUAGUUUAAAAACCUCUCUCUGGUCCCAUAAUUAGGGAGUUUAGAAAAACCAAAACGGCAAUGGCGCAAAAGAAAAGUUUGAAGGUUACCUUAUACCUUUAGAGGUGUCUCGCGUCCGAGCGAUCAGUGCAGACGGUCACAUUUAGGGGUCGUGGAAAAUGCGACAGUUCAUAUUAUUUCAAAAUUCUUGGUAUAGUUUGAU